AUGACCAUCAUCGUGGGAGGAGGAGUUGAAGAAGAAGGCGAAGAAGAUGAUUUCGUCCCAACCGUCUCUUUGACUUUAUACGAGACUGAUUUCGAUCAGUUUGUGAAUAAACUCGGCGAAGCGUAUGAGAAAUACGGCUUCGUCAUCUUAGAAAACCACGGAGUGGCGCAAACAGACAUCGAACGAGCUUUUCGGUUAUCGAAAUCUUUUUUUGAAGAUUUGAGUCAAGAGGAGAAGGAGAAGUAUCACUUGCCAGGGAAAGGUGGGGCGAGAGGAUUUACUGCGUUCGGUAGGGAGACCGCGAAAGGAGCGACCAAAUCAGAUUUGAAAGAGUUUUGGCAUCAAGGGCGCGAUUUACCAACAAAAGGACAUAAAUUUGAGAAAUUCAUGCCUCCAAACGUAGAGGUGAACGAAAUCGAAGGAUUUACAGAGUCUGCGAAACACAUUUUCUACUCUUUAGAUGAACUUGGGAACAGAGUUUUACAAGCGUUAGCGGUGUAUUUGAAGCAAGACAGACAUUUCUUCGACGAUAAAGUAGACGAAGGAAACUCUAUUUUGCGAAUCAUUCACUACCCGCCUAUCGCCGAAGAGUCGGCGGGGCACGUCAGAGCCGGCGCGCACGAGGAUAUUAACUUGAUUACAUUAUUGUUAGGAGCCGAUGAAGGUGGAUUACAAAUCUUAAGGAAGGAUGGAAAAUGGUUGGACGUGAACCCGGCACCAGGGUGUGUGACGUGCAACAUCGGCGAUAUGUUGCAAAGGUUGACCAAUCACGUCUUGCCGAGUACGACCCACAGGGUGGUGAACCCGCCAAAGGAACGAGCGCACAUUCCUAGAUUUUCGAUGCCGUAUUUUUUGCAUCCAAACCCGGAUUACGUGAUUGAUACGUUAGAGUCGUGCGUGUCAGAGGAUAGACCGAACAGGUAUCCUGAACCGAUCAGUUCGGACGAUUAUUUGCAAGAACGCUUGAAAGAGAUUAAAUUGAAGUAG